AUGUUUUCUAUUCCUCAAAACGCUCAGGCCCAACAGGCCACAGCAUCCUUCAUCUUCUUACCUGACAUGAAAUCCUCAGGACGCAAGCUUCUGUACGAAAUCGAACAAGCGACGAAGCCAUAUACGUUGGCCAGUAUUAUGGGGCAAGCGAGAUACGUCAUGUGCGAUCUACCGUUUUAUGAUUUACGGGAGACAGCUGGCACAAACCAAGACGCAGUCCAUGAUCCUGCUAUGGCAAGUCGCUGGUUCUUGACUGACAACCCUGUCGGGACCGACGAGACGGCAACUGCGAGCCAAUGGAAGGACCUUAGUAUUUGUAUUAACACGAUCAAGACUGUGGUCAUGACAGAGGCUGCGAUAGUUGGUCGAGAAAACGUCUUCCUUGUGGGAUUCGGAAUAGGAUUCGCGGCUGCGACGGCGUUUCUCAUGCAAUCCGAAGAGCGCCUUGGGGGGCUUUUGGGUGUUCACCCGGUGAUACCGUUUUACAGGGAUUUCAAAUACAUUGCUAUGGAAGGGCAGACAAAGGCAGUGAUGAACGCUUUGUGGAAGAUGCCUAAAAAGGACGAAACCAGCUCUGAAGAGGAUGAAGCCAACUCUGAGGCCUCGUCUGUAACUCUUGAUGGCGACCGCGGCUAUGACUGCGGCCAUGUACCUGUACAGACUCACGAAGCGAGACGCGCGCGACUGAUGGGAUUCUUCCAAUACCUUGCUACUCAAUGGGACGCGCCGACCCACAAGCAAUACAUCGAUCGUACAGACGCUUCUACACCCGUGGUGUUAAUCCAUGGCCUGGACGAUGAGCAGAUUUCCUUUACGCAUGCGAAACUAGCCGUGCAGGCGUUUUGGGAACUUGGUUACAAGGCUAAACUGAAGAUCAUGGAUGGAGAGGGCCAUACGCUGACUCGGAACAUGAUUGGAGAGCUUUUCAACAGAUUUAUGAUGCAAAACUUGGGGAAUGAAGAGGUGAGGGCACAAUUGGGCACGCUUCUUAGUGAGGGAAUUUUUGAACGUUGGUGCAAUGAAUGUUAG